CGUGGUUUAAUAAACUGACCCUGAUUAUUUCGGGAUUUGUCCUUGUGCAGAAUAGCUCUACGGAAACAAACUACUCUUUACCCUAACCAGUCUCGCUUGCUAAUUGCAUUAAGUGAGAAGCUAUCGUCUUCCUUUCUUCAUCAGUAUCGCUUGCUAAUUACACUGGCGAUAAGCUAUCUUCUCUCUUCCGACAAAAUGUUUCUUUUUCUUUAUUAAUACAUUCUAAAAAUAUUUCCAGUCGUCAAUUUCCUAGCACUUACACCAUUCUGGAUGGUAAACCACAGCUCAUACAAGCGUACUUAGAUGGGAAUUAACUAUAUGCUGCACUUCCGGCACACUUUGAAUCCGGGAUCCGCUGAAAUCCGGAAACACAAUAUGCUCAAUACUGUUGAACCUCAGUCACAGUGAAGUUGUCUCAUGAUUGGAAAUACAGUGAUAAAAGAAGUCAUGGUCACAGGAGAACCAUAUUUUGCAGUAGAACAAGCCCCAUGUAAACAAGGAAAGCCAAAAGGAAAUGAGGAUGAGGUGCUUCUGAGUGGUAUCUUUGAACUUUUGCAGAUUGAAGUUGAGUGUGAAAGUUCUGGGACCCAACAACACAAGGAGAGCUGUUAUUCUAAGAAUGUGUUAAGAAAGAAGAAACACUGGGAAAACACAGUUGCAGCAAAGAAAAUAAAAAGAAAGCAGAAAAAACAGAAAAAGAAAGAAAAUCUUUCAAGUCAGUCAGGAGUGUGGCCCCUGCUCACAAAGCGUGAUUUAAAAGUAAUAACUAAAGAAAAGCUCUUAAAAGCAAGGGACUCAGGACCACGGAUUUGUAUUGAUUUGAGCAUGACAGAUCAUAUGAAUAAUAAGGAGAUAAGUCGACUUGCUGCACAGAUAAGGAGGUUGUAUGGUACCAACAGGAAAUCUACAAAUCCCUUUCGAAUAUACCUAACUAGUUUUAUCCCAGGUGGUCCUAUUCACAGUGAAUGCUUACGGAUGAAUGAUGGAUUCACCAGUUACAUAAUGGAUAUGGUCGAAGAAAGUUACCUUGAUUUAUUUCCUCAGGAAACUAUUGUGUACCUGACUCCUGACUCAGAUUGUGUUCUGGAAGAUAUUGAGCCAAACAAAGUUUAUGUCUUCGGUGGAUUAGUGGAUGAGAGUAUUCAGAAGAAACUGACAUACACCCAAGCACAAGAAAAUAGUGUACAGACUGCACGGCUACCAAUUCGAGAAUAUAUGGUCAAAAAAGUGAAUUUAAAAAACUAUCAUUCAGAAAUAUUAGCAGUUAACCAAGUGUUUGAAGUCAUAUCUACUUAUUAUGAAACAAGGAAUUGGCAAGCUGCUUUGCAAUCUGGAAUCCCUCCUGGAAAAGGAUAUGUUAUCCGUACAUCUGUGGCAGUCAGCUCAUCAACUGCAUCAACAUCUGAGAAUAAGUGCAUGCAGUAGUGGAGCUGUGCAUGUUUCUUGCACCUUCUACUGCUUCAAGACCAUUCUGACUGGUCAUCUGGCUGGCCAGAAUUCAGACAAAAAGUAAAGCAACUACUUAUGUUACUAAUGACUCAUGUUAGUAUAGAAGUGUAGACCACUGCAGCUUUGGAUGGAAGAAGAGGAGAGUGUAUCACUGAACUGCUCAUCUGCUGCGUAGAGGAUGACAUGUCAUGCAAAAAGUAUAAGCCCUAGUGGCACAGAAAGAAAGAAAGCAAGCAAGCAAGCAAUUGGAAAGUAGCUGUACACUGUGGUAUAAGACAUGAAUACAGGGAAUCAUUGCAUAACGUUUCUGCAAGGCAGAGCAGAAGAAAGAAAAGUCAGUACAGCAACCACAAUAUGAACUUGCUGGCCAUGAUCCAAAACACAUUCUAGUCUGAAGUGUUGUUAGAGGCCAUGUGAACUCUUUGUCUGUUUGAAGCCUUAAAGUAGGUCGUAAGUUAUGGGCCAUCAAGUUUGGCAGCAUGUUGGAGAUGAUGUGUGUUUGUGUUAAAAGCAAAAAAGAUCAUACUGCCUCAAGUAGCAAGUGUGGAGAAAUAACCAUGUUGUAAUUUUAUCUGCCAUAAUAAAUCAUAUUUUCAAAAUUUUACUGUAUAUUACUGUAAAUAUCUUGAACAAGGUUUUAUAUGCACUGUACCAUUCAGCUUUUGCUGCACUAUUCAGAGAUGUGAAAAUUACAGCUGAAUCGUGUACCAAGCAUAGAAUAAAUUUUCAUUGACUGGUGUGAUAUUCUUGAUCUAAAUUUUAGGUGCAGGGCAGAAUGAGAAAGAAGGCCAGUGUGUUCUUCAUUAAAAUUGGGAAGACCACAUUUCUGUGAACAGAAGUGCAUUAUUCGUGUAAUUUUUAUUUAAGCUCUGUUAAAGUAGGGCCAGCUUGACUUGUAAUUUUAUUAAGGAGUUGACCAUAAAUGCUGACAUUAGAAAAUCUGCAAGUGGUUUUACCUAUAACUAUAUGGUUGAGCUAUAUAUUGUGUUUACUACAAAUCCUUCAGCAUUUAGAGUAAAUGCUGAAGAAGAGUUUUUAAAAUUGUGCUUCUGAAUUAUCAAAUGUUUAAUUUAAAGAUUUUAGCUGGAAGUUAAUAAGUCUUGUUUCCAGUGUAAAAUGUAAUGGCACUUUCUUACUAGUUAUUUCUUUGAACCUGUGUUAAAAUGUAUAGAUGUAAAUAAAUGUACUUUUAGUA